CCCCACAGACCCUGCGCCGGCGCGGCGGCCGCACCCUCAGCGGGUAUUUCCUGGCCGGGCGGAGCAUGGCCUGGGGGCCUGUGGGGGCGUCGCUCUUCGCCUCCAACAUCGGCUCCGGGCACUUCGUGGGGCUGGCGGGGACGGGGGCGGCCGGGGGCAUCGCCGUCGGCGGCUUCGAGUGGAGCGGGAUGUUCAUCGUGCUGCUCCUGGGCUGGGUCUUCGUCCCCAUUUACCUGAAGGCUGGGGUGUCGACGAUGCCGGAAUACCUCGGGAAGAGGUUCGGGGGGGGGCGGAUCCAGCUCUACCUGGCCCUGCUCUCGCUGGGGCUCUACGUGUCCACCAAGAUCUCG